CAACAACACCCCACUAAACUAAGAUCAAGAAGCUUCACACGUACUUCCCCGAAGAUAACAAAGUGGCUUCAACCUUACGACCAAGCGUAAAGAAAUCCCACGUCAACUAUCACUCGCGCGCGCCACCGCCACCUCCCCACCCACCAACCGGCGACGGGAGCUCCCUCGCACCCUCCAAAACCGCAUCCCACCACCACGCGCGCACGCAACCGCGGCCAGAUCCGUCGACGCCUCCACCCGCAACCAUCCAAUCCCGCACACAGCGAUGGAAGUGAAGCUGCACGCGGCGCGGACGCUGGUGGGCCGGCUGCGGGGCGCGGCGGCGGUGCGGGACGCGGGCGCCACGGCGGCGGCCGUCGCGGAGCUGCGGCGCGCCUCCAAGGACGACCCGGAGGUGCGCGCGCCGCUGGCGGACGCGGGCGCCGUGCCGUUCCUCGCGUCGCAGCUCACGGCGCCCUCCACGUCCGCCGCCGCCGAGGACGCGGCCGCCGCGCUGCUCAACAUCUCCCUCUCCGCGCGGGAGCAGCUCAUGUCGGCCCCGGGGAUCCUCGACGCGCUCGCCCGGGCCAUCCGGGCCGAGGACUACGCGGCCGCGCACCACGCCGCCGCCGUCGUCGCCAGCCUGCUCUGCGUCGACGCCUACCGCCCCAUCGUCGGCGCCAAGCGCGCGCUCCUCUCCGCGCUCGUCUCGCUCCUCCUCCCCUCCAAGGCCCGCGGCACGCGCGCCACCAAGGACGCCCUGAAGGCGCUCUUCGGCGUCGCGCUCUACCCGCUCAACCGCGCCGCCCUGGUGGAGCUCGGCGUCGUGCGGGCGCUCUUCGGGCUCGUGAUGACGGACGGGCGCACGGGCAUCGUCGAGGACGCCACCGCAGUCGUCGCGCAGGUGGCCGGGUGCGCCGAGAGCCUCGACGCCUUCGCUGCGGUGUCCGGGGUGCGCAUCCUCGCGGACCUCGUCGAGCCCGGGGGCGCCGCCACGGGGCGGGCCAGGGAGAACGCGGCCGCCGCGCUGCUGAACCUCGUCGUGGCCGGCGGCGAGCGGGCCGUGGCGGAGGUGCUGGACGUGGGCGGCGCCGAGGAGGCCGUGAGGGAGCUGGCGGAGGACGGCGAGGCCAGCCCCAGGGGGAAGGCCAAGGCGGAGGCGCUGCUGAGGGCGCUCGAGGAGGGAGCCGCCGGCGCCAGGCGUCGGCAUGAGCACCGGUUCGCGGAUUUCCUAAACGGGCUCGUGGUGUCCGACCCCUACUUCUCGUCGCCGGCGUCGGCCACCACGCGCGACGACGCGUCACGCGUUACGCUUGGCUGACACUGCACGCACGUACGUACGUGUCUAAUUAAUUUGCACGCUGGUAGUAUACUUCUGUGUUGUUGAUCAGCUGAUGUACAUACUACAGUACCGUAGUAGUGCUCGUACACUAAUGGUUAUUCGAGGAGAUUCUUCCGUACAUUCACAAGAAAUUUUCAGAGACUGAUUUUGAAUUAUUGUUUUGUAAAAAAAAUCAGAUUCUUUUAUUUUUGGCGAGAGAAACUUCUGAUCUAUUUCAAAUUCUUUAUCUGGUAAAUUUCAGGAGAACUGGUUUUAAAACCAAACUACUCUCUUCAUUUCAACUUUGAGUCAUCUAUUUUAAAAAUGGAGCGAGUGAUGUUUUGUGUGUACGAUUGGAGCAACCCUCCUAUUUGACUAGUUUGUUUUUGCAGUAGUAGCAUUAUGUUGCCCGCAAAAAAAAAGUAGCAUUAUGUUGACUCGUGGGUGUAUCUAGGUGAUGGAGAUUAUAAAUUUUAUUACAGCUUGGAAACGACGCAAGCUAAAGUGGACGGUGAUUGUAGGAUUUGACCAAGCCGUAGGAUUUCCUGGCUUCAAGCGAGCUGCUACGACAUGCUAUCGUGGUGUAUGUGGUCAGCAUACACAUACAAAUGUGCCCGACUUGUACAUCGUGUUUGGGCGAUCAUCAAACAUUGAAAUGCACGAUUUUUUACAUCUUCGGCACAAGCAAGUCGUUCAUAAACUAGCCGGAUGGCCCGCACAUUUACGCUGCAAUCAUCGGUGUUAAUUGGUUAAGAAUGUUAUUAUUAGUUUUUAUCCUAAUUAUCUUUCAUAUCUAAAUAGCUAAUCUCACUAACAUAUUUUUUUCAUGCCACCUCACCAUGUAGUAACAUGCAUGCAAAAAUCUCCACCUCAACAUGCAACCAUGCAUUUAAAAAAAUCCCAUCUCAACAUGGAAACAUGCUUGACAAUUUUCAUUCUGUUAUGCUAUUUAUGUUUAGUAAAUAUUUUACAACUAUAUACUAACCAAACAAAAAGAAUCAUAUGUAGUUUUUGUUUCAGUUCUCAUACUAUUACUUCAAAUAUUCACGUUCUGUACAAUCAAAUCUCAUUACAAAUAUAUCGCAAAUCAUUUCCGCAACAACGUGCAUGGUAUCAUCUAGUACUUCAUAAAUUUGAGUACCCCGGUAGAAAGUAAUAAUAGAAAAUCCCACGGCUAAAGAGUUCAUUUCAUUCAUGACCAAACUUUUGUCAUGCUUUCAAAAAUGAACUUGUGUUACUCAAAUUACAAUCCACACGGAACAAAAAAAAAACUACACCGCUUGGACCAGAAUGUAGCCACACAACUGCACGACGUUCAAUGCAUAUAAAAUUUGCCGUAU